AUCUGGAGGAAGGGGAGGAGCUUAAGCAAUGUUUGGUUAACAGGCGAGUUGUUCGACUGAUCAGAAGGGCUAAGCGGCUCAGCUGGUCAUUUAUGAGGCGACGAGUGGAGAUGGGGCUGCGUCCCGCCUCUCCUGGGAAGCAAGGGGCAUCCCUGAGUCCUCUCUGAGUCACCUGGGGAAGGGGCCUUCGCACUGCGCCGUUUUCCAGAACAAAAGGCCAGGGUGCCCUUGGGAAGCAUCAGUGUGUGGGGCGACCGGAGGCGUGGCUCCAGGGGCUUCUCUCCGAGCCGGCCUUGGCUGGGGGGUCAGCAGGGCCUUGGUCUGGCUGGUUCCUUUUCUAAAAAUGGAGUAGAGCACCCGGCGGGAGGACAUGGCUGCCCGUGACGCCCUGGCCUGCACCCCAUGCCCCCACCCCCCCGCAGAGAUCCAGAGCUUCCCCAGCGGAAAGGACGGGCGCAUCGUCGGCGAGAUCGCCUUCCAGCUCGACCGGCGCAUCCUGGCCUAUGUCUUCCCGGGCGUGACGCGGCUGUACGGCUUCACCGUGUCCAACAUUCCCGAGAAGAUCAAGCAGACCUCCAUCAAGUCCCUGGACGGCUCCGUGGACGACAAGAAGCUGCGGGAGCUGACGCACCGCUACCUGAUGCUGACGGCGCGCCUGGAGAAGCUGGGUUACAGCCGCGACGUGCACCCCGUGUUCAGCGAGUUCCUCAUCAACACCUACGGCAUCCUCAAGCAGCGGCCCGACCUCCGCGCGCACCCGCUGCACAGCAGCCCCGCCGCCCUGCGCAAGCUCGUCAUCGACAUCGUGCCCCCCAAGUUCCUGGGCGACGCGCUGCUGCUGCUCAACUGCCUGUGCGAGCUCUCCAAGGAGGACGGCAAGCCGCUCUUCGCCUGGUGAGGGCCGCGCCCUCCGCGCGCCUCCGCCGCUGUCAAUAAAGUUUGUCCAAACCCGGGGGCGGCGGUGCCUCCUGCGCGUCGCCCCGAGAAGGGUGGGCCCGCGCCCGCUCAGGACCACCAGGACGGCCGCAGGCCGGGCCCGCAGCCCAGGGACCUCGGCCCGGCGCCGGGAGGGGUGCGGCGGUGCGCGCGCGGCCGGCCGUAGUCGGGGCCCGUGACCCGGUCGCCCCGUCGCGCCCCCGGUGCGCCCGGCCGCACGUGCCACCGCACACCGCGGAGCACUUGUUGCCCUUUAUUAAAAUCUUCU